AUGAUGUACGCAAAGCGUCCGGCCUUCUCGUUAACGAAUGGCAGAGGCCGCAAGGGAAAGGAGGGUUACAAGGAGGCCAAAGACAAAGCGAGCAAGCUAGAGAAGGAGAUCAAACCACAGGUGAGAAGCAAGUCUCUCGCCGAGCUACUUGAGGCAGAAGAGAACGGCCAGGGCAACAAGCUGGAAGAGGCGUUGCUGGCGGUUUUCCGACUCAUCGAUGCUGACAGUGGUGGCUCCAUCUCGAAGCUUGAGUUCAUUGGAGCUGUAUACAGGCAUGCUUUGGUGGCCUCCUUCGUUCUGCAAGGUCAUGGCUUGUGCCCUGAACUGCAAAACGACCCUAGUGGCCAAGUGGCCAUCAACGAGCAGAGCUUUGAUGCCGUCGACGAUGUCUUCGACAGCAUGUCUGGCGGAAGUGCUCGGGUGAAAUACCCCGAGUUUGCAGCCUACUUCCGCAGAUUAGCAAACGUCUGUCUAGCAGCACAGACAGAGGAGAAAGGCAUGAAAGAGGUCUUUGGCUCGCUUGAUGCUGAUGCCAACGGCUCUUUCUCCAAGCUGGACAUGGUAGCAGCGAUGCAAAGCAGCACGCGCGUGGCCUCCUACUUGCUCCCGGGUCUUGAUGCCCGAAAGGUCUUGGAGGAUGAGCGCAGCUACGAUGCAGUUUGCUCACUCUUCGAUCACAUGGCCGCUGGAAGGCAAUGUGUGCAAUGGCAGGAUUUCAAGACGUUCUGCCUGCACACGCGCUUCCAGAAGGCUUGGGAUUCCAGCCCUUCUUUGGGCCCUUCGACUACGUGCUCCAGCCCCCUGAGCCCCCUGAGCCCUUCCAGCCCGGAAUCCUCGGACGAGAGAUCCAGCUCAAAAGUCCUGAUCAUAGCGCCCGGCUUCGGAAGGGAGCGACAUCCCCAACAAGCUGCCCUGCUAGCGAACGCAGGCUUUCAGAUGCACUGGUGCAGGGACCUGCCCGAGUAUGCAGACGAAGGUGCCAGGCUCAGCUACCAUGCUGUGGCCCCCUACUUGAACAAAAUCCGGGAUGAGAUAGUGAACGUACAGCCCCGGGUGGUGAUAGCGGCAUCGCAGGGUGGAGCAUAUCUGGUUGGCUUGUGGCAACUCGGCUACUGGAACGGUCCCUCCGUGAUGCUGAACGCGCAUCCCAGCCUGCCGAUGCGGCUGCCGGCGGCGGCAGCCAUCGUCUUAGCACACGGAUCCAACGAUGAGGCUUAUUUGUGGAACCGCGGUGACCUCGAGGAGCUGAUGACGACGGGGCCGGCCAACCGGUGCCUGUUGUACUACACAGCGAACAGUGGCUACUUGGCUUCCGGAUCUCUGACCCGACUAGGGGAUCGGCACGUGAUGGGCUCCAUCCUACAGAACAAUACCCUCCCUAGACUCGUCGAUGCGGCUUUGAGUCCCAUGGGCCCUGAGCUUCAUUUGAUCGAGAGUUGGAGAAACCAGCUUUCCGAGAGCCGCCUGGAGGCCCAGCAUUGGCUCGGCUACUCCCUGGAGCGGCUACGGCGCUUAUGGGCUUCGCCCGGGCGCUUGGGAAGGGAAACCUCCGCGCUCUUCCCGGUCUCUCCGAAGUCCGAGGAGUUUCGGAGAGUCCAAGCCAUCUUCCGGGGUGCGCCGGUGGAGCCUCCGGCCUACAUGCUCUCCUCGCAAGCAAGCUGGGAGCGUCUUCCCAUCCACAGGAUAGAAAGGGUGGAAAACGGAGGACAGAUGGAGUGCAGCACCAUCCCUUAUAGGGACGGCUUGAGGAACUCCUUGCGGGAGCAGGGGGUAGACUUCGAUCCUUCCAUCCAUGCUUGUUGGGCUUUCCAUGGUGCCGACCAAGAGUCGCUGUUGUCGAUCAUCAGAGAUCCGGUCUCCGGCUUUCAGCCCUUGAUUUCCGGGAGCCGCAACUCCCCGGUCUGGGGCUCGGGCACCUACUUCGCCAGAGACGCCAAGUACGUGGCAGACGGACAGUUCUGCCCGCGAGAAAGGGAUGGCUCCAGAUGCAUGCUGCUCUGCCUGGUGAUGCUCGGCAUGCCGUGCCUCGGGGAUCCGAACCAGAAGGAGCUUCUUCAGCUUGCACGAGACUUCUUUCUCUGGGGGGACCAGCAGCCCGCCCCUGCCGGCGGAAGGAAGCGACCAGCAGUCGAUGAGGAAGCCGAACGACCAUUGACCCUCACCACACUCCUGGCCGCUCUCAAGGAGAACCGUGAGGAGAUUGUGGCACAAGUUCGAGAGGACAUGGACACCAUCAACAACCGCAUGUCCACCGUGGAGCUGACAGUUGAAACACAUGUCAACAACACCACCAAGCUCCUUGAGGCAAUGACCGACCGACACUGCGUUAUGGAACAAAGUGUUCGCAAGGUGGACGAAAGGCAGCAAUCCGUGCUACAGCGCCUCGAGCUCCUGGAGGGGAAGUUCGCCAAAGCCAACUUUUCUAUGUCGAGUACACGGACUUCCGAAAACGAAGGGGGAAACCCCCGACCAGCACUGGUGGUCGGGGGAUGGGAUGCCGACCAGCACCACGAGGAGACAUUAAGCCUCGUCAAAAAGCACCUGACCGAGCUCAACAUCAACCUGGACCUCAGCCAAGCCUUCGUCCCCGGACUGCGACGGGGGUUCGCCCUCGUCCCACUCAUCAAACUGGAGGGGGAAACAGAGGAGGAGCAACGAGCCCGCGUCCAAGAAGCACUUCGUACCAUUCGGGCAGCCAAAGUGGUAACUGGCCAACGACCUGAAGGGGGACAGCGCUAUUUUUUCGCAGCCAUGAGCCAGAGCCCCGAGCGUCGCAAGCGUGCACAACUCGCUGGAAAGGUCAAGAGACUCAUCAUCGAAGAAGGUGGGGACGUACGUCAUAUUGACGUCGAGUAUGGCACAGCGAACCGGCACCUGAAGGCGCCUCCAUCGAGAAGUCCGGAUGGGUUCACCUUGGCUCGCUGGCCCGGCAGAUCGGGAUCUCCGAGGAGACGGCCGCGGGGCCGAGACUCCUCCGGGCCCGCGACAGACCAAAUGCAUGCCAUUAGUUGGAAUGUGGGGGGACUUUCAGCGGCUAAAGCACUUGAAGUCAUCCUCGCACUUCGGCGACAACGAAUUCGACCCUUUUGUGGCACCCUGGUCGUGUUCAUCCAAGAGAUCAUAUGCGACCCGGGGAAACAACACCUUUCCUUGGGAGAGUUGCAAGCUAUCUUUGGCAAAAAGGCCGAAGAGUGGCGGGGGAAUGCCAUACUGCAUACCUCCAACUUGCGACACAGCCAGGGGAAACUUUUACCUUGCUCGAUUUCUUGCACUUUGACUUCCGAUGAACUUCGCUUGGGAGCUUUCUCGGUCCACAUUCCACACCAUGCCACCCUAUCCACUACAGAGCAAAUCCUACAGCAACUGUACCCACACCUACAAAGCCACCAUAGAGCCAUCGUCGGGAUCGAUGCCAACGAGACCUUUGAGACAGCACGACAACGACGGCAGACGAAGGCAUGCACAGCACGCGGAGAGAUGCUGCUGGAAUGGUUCGAAGAGGCAGAGUGCCACUUGCCACAGCAAGCCCUUGAGCAACCUAGCCAUUUUCCAUACAACACUACGAUGGAACCACGCCGCCUGGACUACAUCUUCGUCAAGAAGCUACUCUGUGACCCCGGGGAAAUCCUGGCCCAAAGAGAUAUCGCCACGUCCGACCAUGAACCUGUGUCCGUGCCCUUAACAAAGAUCCGCGCCAAGAACAUAGAGGGGGACCAACGUGCAGCACCUUGGUCAUCCCGCAUACUCAAGGCGGGGAACGAGGUCGAUGCCAUCCUCGACCGUGACCUCAAUGUUGGGGGGGACCCUGUGAUGCAAAUACAGCAGGUCGCCGUGGCCAUCAGCAAACCUGGCAAAAAUAAACAACCCUUUGAAGAAUCCGCAGCUCUUCGAGAAAUGCGACGACAAGCACUACAAGCACCACCCGGAGAAGAUCGAAGACGCCUUUGGAAAUUGGCCAGAAGAGUGCACAAACAAGAACACCGACGGUGGCAACAACUGGCCAUGCAAAAAGUGGCAGAAUUGGAUUGGGGGAUGAAAAAAGCCCUUACAGAACAAAGCCGUGAUCACACGUGGGAACUCUACCUCACUGACGAUGACAACUGGAAGAAGGCACUCCAGGACCACUUCGAGAAGAUCUUCUACAAACAAAAACAGGUCAUCGUUACAGCCACCAUCCGGGGGAUCAUGCACCAGCUCGAAAUCAGGUGCAAACAUACACCGUGGAAACCUUUCACGAUGGAGGAGCUCAUGGCCGUGAAAGUCAAGUGGCGAAAUGGCAAGUCGUGCGGCCCUGAUAUGGUGUCACACGAAGCCUUGAAGGCUAUGCUGCCCCACCCCAGGUGGGGGAACCGUCUUUUAGAACUCUUCAACGACAUGCUGUACACCUGCCGCAUCGUCGCGAGUGUCGAGGCUGGAGUCACAAUACUGUUGGCAAAAACAAGCCAACCAAAAGACUGGAGCGAAACACGUCCCAUAACGCUCAGCUCAGUCUUACUCAAGACUUUUGGACAACUCAUCCUACAAAGAUCGGGGGAUGCCAUCCAAACCCCGGCGAGGCUACAGUGGUGCAGGCGGGGGAGACAGGGGGUCGAAUUGAUCCUCAUUCUCCGAAGAUUGGCACGCAUUGCUCGCGACUGGGGCCUGGAGUUCUACAUCGCCAAAUUAGACAUCCGCAAGGCCUUCGACUCCAUUUACCAAGAAAGCCUCGCAGCCCACGUCUACCAGACCAUCGGGGAAAAAGCCCGACUCCCCUGGGAGGCCCGUGCAUGGGUAGCAUUGCUCCACGCCGAGAAUAUUUGCAUACAAGUGGCCGGGGAAAACAUCCCCAUUCGACAAAGCAAUGGCGUUCGUCAAGGUGCACCUGAAAGUCCAGUUGCCUUCGGCUCCGUGGUGGCGGACGACCUCGACGCAGCCAUCCAAGAAGCAAGAACCAGCAAGCCAUCGGACGACACCUCACCCCCCGAGGACGGGGGAAGCUACAUGGACGACAACUAUAUCUGGUCGACGAACCGCCAGCACUUCCAGCAUCUACUCUCCUGCUUGGGUCACCGGCUACCUCGACGUGGACUUUACCUGCACCCCGGGAAAACCGACAUCAUCUCCAACUCCGACAAGCAGGUGACCUUCAAGGUUGCGGGGGAGAAUGUCACGACGAAGGGGCCCAAACAUAUCUUUCACGUGCUCGGGAGCCCUCUCUCCUUUCAAGGGGGGACCGCCAUGCUACUGGCUGAAGCACAGAGCAGAGCCCGCAAGGCCUUUUGGACCCACAGGGAUUCCUUCACUUCGGCAGCUACCAUCCGGCAGAAAUUGCAAAUCCACGUCGUGCUGGUCAGACAAAGUGCCCUUUGGGCAUGCCAGACAUGGCCAUGCCACAGCUGUCUACUGCGCUCCAUAAACAGCAUUCAACUCGCCCAUGUGCGAGUGAUGCUGGGACUACGACGACAACCAUGCGAGGAGUGGGCGACCUGGAACAAGCGAAGUCUUCGACGAAGUCGCCUCGCUCUCUACCACUGCGGGGGAACCCGCUGGUCCACUUUUGUGCUCUCCCAGAUCUGGACCGCCAUUGGACAUGUUAGCCGUGGCGACCCUGUCGGGGGGAAAAUCCUCCAGUGGCACAGCCUUCAGUGGUGGCAAGAGCAAAAAGACAUCGGGCGACCAUUGCAACAUGCAGCCCGCUUCAAUGCCUACAUGGACAUAGACCGACAACUCAGCGACACAAUCGGCAAGAAUUGGUUCGCAAUCGCACAGGACCGGGACACAUGGGGGGAGUGGGAAGCUACCUUCAUUGCGAAAUAUGAUGUCCCAUGGAGCAGUGGCAAACAAAGCAGCAUUUCGAACCUUGCACCGGGGGACCAACAGGCCUCCGACAGAGCUUUCCUAGAAAGCUUGGAAGACAGACGACUGGCCCCGAUGGGCCCACCAGACAUGUGGCUUCUGGUGAUAACCGACACCCCUCCCCUCGACGAACAUUGGCCGGGGAGCAUCCUCGCAGUUGCGGGGGACACCUUCAUCUUCGAGUCCACUCCAAAAGGGGGGAAGAUGACCGUGGACAAGCAAGUGCAUUCUGUGCUUCGCCAACUUGAGCUGGAACAUCCCUCUGUUCCGAGUGACGCGGGGGAGCCCGACCCAAAGCGCGCUCGAACAGGAGCAACAACAGCAUCCUCAACCCAGCAAGCCCUGCAGCGCAUACUUACAAAAGCCUGGAAACACCUGAGUGCAGCGAGCAACCACAACCCAGUCUCAUAUCAUGACAUUCAGCACGACAUUGACAUCUUACUCACAUGGCUAAAUAGCCACUUGCAUGCCAUGGCCACGGCACGAGGCGGCCACCUCCAGCAAUGGGGGAGCGACGAAGCUGACUUGAACUACGACAGGGGCAUGUUCAAUACGGGGAAUGUCCUCGGCCAACUCGGCACAGCCCUUCAGGGGAUCCAAAUGGAACCUCAACAACGUGAACAUUGGCUGUUGCUCGCAGAUGUCAGCCACUACUUAGCAGCAGUUGAGCGGGGCGACCCUGUUGGCCACCCAGCUGAUGUCAUUGCGGACAGCUACAGGAGUGGCCGGGUGGAGAACUCAAUACUAUCCACCGCGCACUCUUGCAAACCCUUGAAAUGGUGGAAGAAGCACUACACCCUGGACUACCAGUACUUCCGGGAGCCCUUGAAGUGCACGAUCCUGCCGGAGGACAUGAACUAUAUCCUGGACACCUUGCACUCCCGGGAGCUGCUGAAGCGCACGAUUCUCCCGGGGGACAUGAGGAAGCUUUGGGCGAAAUGCACCCCGCCCGAGAAAGGGGGAUGCCCUCCUCCUCUGCUCAUGUGGACUGGUGGCUCCAUGACCGGCACCAUGGCCUUGGAAAUGCUCCCGGGGGAACCACUCGAGAAGAACGGAGUCCAACAGAAGACGUACCAAGCGGGAGUGAAGAAAGUCCCGCUGAACAUCGGCGCCGCCGCCUACAUGGAGCCUACUAUGAUCGUCAUGGCCCCAUCUGAGAGAGGGAGGGCCGGGGAGCGCCGGGAGGGAGGCCUCGGUUCGGUUUUGCUUCUGCAGGGCGUGCUCCCCUUCCGGCAGAAGCCUCAUCGGUACAACUCGGCGGUGGACUCCCUUUCGAGCCCGGAGGUCUACGUCACACAGAUGGUGGGUGCCGCCCAUCCGGCCUAUCUCAUCACCUUCGCAUGA